UUUUUAGGUGAGCGCACCGCUCAGUUCUUAACUAAACCUCAAGUUGAUCAUAACCAUAAUGUGUCCGGUCCACCUUUUGCUGGCCAUGUGUGCGAUAUGUUUCCAUUUGGCUGAUUGCCAUUUGGCCUUUAUACCUUCCAGCACGCAUGGCAUCUUUGUUGCUUUGGCUGUGCCACUGGAGCUGCCGCAUCGUAACGUUUUCGUCUCGUACAACUUUGAGGCGAAUUACAACUCGCCCUAUAACUGGAGCAAACCGACCUUAUUUCAAAAUGGUCCCAUCGAAUCGGAGGAGCUGGAACUAUCGCGUAAGACUAACGAGGAGGGUGAGCAGGAAGGGCUUGACGAAGAUGAUCCGGAGCAGGCGCAUACCGUAGAGAACAUCACAAAUCGUAAGCAGGAGCAAGAACCAGAUGCAACUACCAUGCCCACUUCGAGUGUUAUGCGUGAAAGACGCGCUCUGCUCACUCGAACAAAUAUUUAUCACAUCUUGAUGGAUAAGUUUCAGAGGAGUGGCUUCUCUGGCGAGUCCUGUUUGCUCCGCUUAAUUUGCGAGACAAGCGCCGCUGAGGUGGGCGAUGUCAAUGGUGUUCUUGGGAGCCUAAUACACGUUCUCUUCAGUCCCAGCACCUCAGAGCCGGAGCAGUUGCCGUUACAUUUCUAUCAGGCGGAACACGAUGGCUGGCAGGAUAAUUGCCAGCAUUAUGCGCGUGAUUGUGGCAGAAGCUUGUUGCAUAUGAUAUCAGAGCCCUUUGAGCAGAUUUUUCAACGCAUUGAGCACAAUGAAAUUUAGUCUAUAAAAAAUAAAAAUGA